AUGUCAUUCCAAACUUUCCCAUACAACCCAAAUGAUCCUACAAGCUGUACUAGACGACAGUCGGCUGCGCGGCCACCCGUCCCUGGUUUAUCACAUCGCAUUUUCCCUUACAAUCGCGGUGCUACUAGCGCCCAUGGUGCUUCAAGUUCAAGGAACUCUGAUUCCGCAUCGACUAGCAUCAUAUCGACUGAUGCUGGCGCUCAUUCGGGAGGCACGGACUCUGCAAAGAAGCUGUACAGUCCAACUGAACAAGUCGCCCUCACAUGGGUGAAAAGGCGCAUCAUUCUUAACUCUGUUAUGACUACAGGCUGGCUUCGAAACAUCACUUCAACAGAAAAAAAGGCCAUGAAAAUCUAUAUCUUGGAAAUCAUUAACCAGGCCAACAUAAAGUUCGGGUGUGAGUUAGAAAUGUCUGACAGUGUGGCAGAUAGCGUCAACAAGGCCCUCUUGCUUAAUCGUCGACGGCUCUCGAAAACUUCGGAGAAUCUUAUUGAUUCUUACAAUAUCCAACCACCCACAGACACCAAUUUGUCGGACCAGGACCGCCAAGUUUUCAAAAAUCAUCACCAAACUGAAUUGUUCGAUUCAGCUUCACCCUUCACUUAUUAUCUUCACGGCCACGAACUCACCGAUGUGUCUGUUUUCGUCGUUCUAUUCGCAAAUCCUGUGGUGGAGAGCAGUCAUAUAACACACUGGUACGCCGACAAAGAUACGCCACUCCGAGAUGAGGAUAUGAGGCUCAAGAUCAACACCACUCCGACUCAGAUGUUUUCAGAAUCAGCGGCUUCUGUCAGGCUGGCAAUCCGACGUGCUGUAAGUGGAAAGACGACAGCGUCGGGAAAACCCCUCCCCUUCUCGACAGACCCAUAUGCCAAUGAGCAGGAUGCGGUCAAUGAAGCAAUGUUGCUGGCAUUGGGGUCUCCCACUCACGGGCCUGCAAUGGAAGCACAUAUGCUAGGUGUACACCAAAGAGGCAUGGGUGUCCUCCGUGGCGCAAUGGGCCUGGAAGCACCCAUGAAAGCGAUAAGCGAUCCUCCAACGGAGGAGUAUCUGCAAAUAGUAUCUGAGGUCCUGCAACACGCACUGGCCACUGGAUUGCUGUUCCCGCAAAUCAGUGAAGAAUUGGCGAUGGCGACACAUCGCGAUCCUUCGAUGCCAGACUACUCCAUAUCUGUUUAUGUCCCUUUCUCCCUUGAGGAGUUAACUUUUCCAUGA